AUGUUUCCCAAGGAGACGGCCUGGAACAUCUCGUUCGCCGGCUGCGGCUUCCUGGGCGUCUACCACAUCGGGGUGGCCAGCUGCCUGCGGGAGCACGCGCCCUUCCUGGUGGCCAAUGCCCGGCGCAUCUACGGCGCGUCCGCGGGCGCGCUCACGGCCACCGCGCUGGUCACCGGGGCCUGCCUGGGGGAGGCCGGGGCCAACAUCAUUGAGGUGUCCAAGGAGGCGAGGAAGCGCUUCCUGGGGCCCCUGCACCCCUCCUUCAACCUGGUGAAGAUCAUCCGGGGCUGCCUGCUGAAGACCCUGCCGGCCGAUGCCCAUGAGCAUGCCAACGGGCGCCUGGGCAUCUCCCUCACCCGCGUGUCAGAUGGUGAGAAUGUCCUCGUGUCCCACUUCAACUCCAAGGAGGAGCUGGUCCAGGCCAAUGUCUGCAGCACCUUCAUCCCCGUGUACUGUGGGCUUAUCCCUCCGACCCUGCAGGGCGUGCGCUACGUGGACGGCGGGAUCUCAGACAACCUGCCCCUCUACGAGCUGAAGAACACCAUCACCGUGUCCCCGUUCUCCGGGGAGAGCGACAUCUGCCCCCAGGACAGCUCCACCAACAUCCACGAGCUGCGGGUCACCAACACCAGCAUCCAGUUCAACCUGAGGAACCUCUACCGGCUCUCCAAGGCGCUCUUCCCUCCCGAGCCCCUGGUGCUGAGGGAGAUGUGCAAACAGGGCUAUCGGGACGGGCUGCGCUUCCUGCGGCGGAAUGGUCUCCUGAACCGCCCCAACCCCCUGCUGGCCUUGCCCCCUUCUGGGAAGGUUCUGGAGGAGGAGGAGGAGGAGGAGGAAGGGCCAGCGGCCGCCCGGGGGGCAGUGGUCCGAGCCCGGGUCGGGCAGCACGAGCUCUCCCCGGGGGGCCGGGGCCCUGCUGAAGACCAUAUCCUGGAGCACCUGCCGGCCAGGCUCAACGAAGCCCUGCUGGAGGCCUGCGUGGAGCCCAAGGACCUGAUGAGCACCCUCUCCAACAUGCUCCCCGUGCGCCUGGCCACGGCCAUGAUGGUGCCCUACACGCUGCCCCUGGAGAGCGCCGUGUCCUUCACCAUCCGGCUGCUGGAGUGGCUCCCCGACGUCCCCGAGGACAUCCGCUGGAUGAAGGAGCAGACGGGCAGCAUCUGCCAGUACCUGGUGAUGCGAGCCAAGAGGAAGCUGGGCAGCCACCUUUGUCCCAGGGUCUCCGACCCCCUGGAGCUGCGGCGGGCCCAGUCCCUGCCCUCGGUGCCCCAGUCUUUCUACGGAGACUUGCCCCGCUGGAUGCGCAACAACCUGUCCUUGGGGGACGCGGUGGCCAAGUGGGAGGAGUACCAGCGCCAGCUCCUGCUCGGGCUCUUCUGUACCAACGUGGCCUUCCCCCCGGAUGCUCUCCGCAUGAAGCCCCCCUCGGGGCCGCCCGCCCUCCCCCACCACUGAGAGCCCCCCUUCUGCCGGGGCCUGGGGGGUCUCCAGCUCUCCCUCAGAGGAGAGUCCCGUAGCCGGGGCCUGCCCCGGGCUUGGUGCUUCUAGACAGAGGGGGUGAGGGGGGGAGAACCGGCCCCUCCCCCUCCUCUUUCGGUCAGGGAGGGGCCGCCCUGGGGGCCUUCCCUGCCGAGUGGGCUGAAGCGGGGGCUCCUCCCCAGUCGGGGGGCUGCGGUCUGGAGCCGUGAUGGGGGAGGGGAGGAUGGUGCCCCCUGUGCCUUAUUUCCCCACCUUUGCCCCCCCUCCCGCCCCAGCCCGCUUUGGGGGCUUGAGACCCCCCAAGGAAGCGAAAGCUGGAGCUCCCCUGGAGUGGCCAGCCCGGUGUUGGGAGCCCUCCAAGAGCAGUAUUACACCCCGCCCCCGCUUGUGCCUCCCCCUGCAUUUAAGAGGAAUGUAUGCAGAACUAUUUAUUUUGGUGAAAAAUAGAUGUCGUAAUAAAGGCUGGA